GGUCAUUUGGUUGAAUAGCUAUAAUAUUAUCAAAAACGACGGACCUUCCACCAAAAUGGAUUUAGCAGAAACUAUGAAGAAUGUUUUAGCCAAGGGAAUUCAACAAACAUCAGUAAAUGACUUACCAUCAUCUACUGGAAUGGGUUUUCCAGGUGCAGGGUAUGUUACAGAAAAACUGUACAUGCUACUUCAGUUAUAUUUACAAAACAAGGGCUGGAACCCAUCUGUGGAGCUUCUACAAUGUUUUACAGAGCUGAAAGAAACAUCUAUGCUCCCUAGUGCUGCAUAUUUACAAAUGAUGGCAUCUAGAGUCACUCUAGAUUCCCAAGGCAGGUUGAUAUUACGUGAAAAUGGGAAAAUUAUUCUUCCCUUUGAACAUUUUGCCAAUGCUGUUAUGCUGAAACACAUGAAUGGUCCUCAUGGAUUACAUUUAGGAGUAGAAGCAACAGUUAGAGCUGUGAUGGAUUCUUAUACAAUUGGAAGAGAAAACUUUGGUAUGGAGAAAGACUUUGUCAUUGAAGUUGUACAGAAUUGUCCAAAUCCAGCAUGCCGUUACUACAAAAAUCAAAUGGAACUCACUCAGAAAAGUCUGCAGCACUUGGCCCCUACAUACUUAGGAGAACCAAGUAGUGCAGAUUUGAGAAAUCGUCUCACUGCAGCAGAUUUGGCCAGUUCAAACAACCUGGAUGUAAAACCAAAUCCACCAAUUUUAGAUAGACCAAAAUCAGUUGCUCCUACACAGCAACAAAUCACUGCUGCUCUGAUUCAACAGCAAAAUAGAGUUAUUGCACAACAAAAUAUUGACAAGCUAAAUGCCAAUUUGGAAAAACAACGCCAACAGAUGCAGCUACAACAGCAACUUGACAUGACAAAGAGCCAACAGAAACCCCAUCUUGAUUUGCCAUUGAUGGACCACAAAUUGACUGAUUUUUUGAGGGCCAAUCUUGAAAGCUUAGAAGGUCUCUCUGCUUCCAAUAAGGAUUUGCUAGCUCUCCACAAUGGUGCUUGGGCCCCUGCACCUGCUAUGGUGGUUCCUGCUGAAAACAAAAAUAUUUCUGUAUCUGAAGGGGGCCAAGAAAAAAUUGUGAGAGCAUUUGCUGAAGUCAUGAAGAAUAUGUCAAGAAUGAAGAAUUAUGUACGUCCUGCUAUGUGCAAACCUUAUGGAAAACAGUCUGAGGCUCUACAGAAAACCUUGAUGGACACAGUUCAACUCAUUCAGUCUCUGCGCAGUUUUUUACCUCCUCCACACAUUCAGGUCAGUUCUUGGAAGAAUGAAGACAAGCAUCGUUUUGAGGAGUCUUAAGUUAUGACCAGUGUUCAAAAAAAUGCUGUAGUGAUUUUGGAAGCUUAAAUUAUUUUUUAUCAUCCUUCUGAAGGAUGUAAAUGGAUUUUAUUCUGUUCCUGUAUCAAAUGUGAACAUUAUUGCUGUUUAUUCAGCAUUUGGAAAAAAAUAGUAACAUCACAAUUUUCACAUCUCAUUUUGAUUCUUCAGUUCAUUCAUUCAAGUUAAUUAUUUCAUGAUUAUGUAGUAUCAAAUAUUAAUGGACCCAGUGUAUUGAAAUCUCAAAGUUAGGAAGCACAAAUAUAUGUAAGUAACUAGUAUUAGGAACUAUUUAUUUUUCUGUAAGGUGCAAAUUGGCUCCUGCCAAAUCACAGAGUAACACAAAAUUGAAUUUUCUAAUAUAUUUUCCUCUCUUUAAAGAGGUUUUUCAGACCAAUGAAAUUGAUAAUUUCAUAAAUUUUAUUGGAAAUGUAUUUUUUAUUUGUGAUAUUUAUUACCGUACUUACUAAGCUGAGAGAUUAUUGAUGAGAUUAUUAUUUUUAGUGUUGAUUGAAAAAUAAUCAAGUCUAACCAAACAGAGCACAGGUUGUAGCACACUUUUUUUUAGAUUUAUGUCCGUUUUAUGUUUUUAUUUCAAGGUCUGGUAGUAAAUUUUAGAUUGAGUAUGUUAUAGGUGAAAUAUUUUGAAUAUGUGGAUACCUGACAUGUUUCAUUAGGAAAUUAUAAUAUUUUAGCAGUUCCAGACUGUGAAAAGGCUAUUAGAUAAAAAUCUAGUCAUUUAGAAUGAUAUUGUGGAAUUUGAAUUUUUGCUGUGAUAUUCAAAUUUAUAUGACAAACAUAGAAAUUGGUUCAAGGCUAAAUAAUUAUUUUGGGCAUCAGCAGCUAUAUAAAUUUAUAUGUAGAAGAUAAGCCUAGAUCUGAGCCUAUAACAAUGGAAAAGACUGUUCAAGAAUCUAAAAAUCAGUAAAAAAAUGUGUUUUAAAUGUUGUCUGUUUUGUGUAGGUUUAAUAAGUUAAUUGUAUACAUCUUGCCACUUUAAGAAGUAUUAUUUUGCUUUGAGCUUUUUACUCUAAUGUAUAAUGAGUAAUAAAACAGUUGCAGUAUUUUUGUGUAUGUGAUAAAUGGUGAAAUUUUGUUUUCUUUGGAAUGUAAUCAAGCUUUUGUGCAAUUUGAGAUUAAAAAUGUGAAAGUUUAAAAGAAGAUUUUAUUUUUCAUAAAAAUGGAAUAUCUUCAUAGAAAUAUGAUAUGAAAAAUGAUAAAAUAGUUUAUUCUUUUUUGAGCAAGGAUGUUCAAAUGGCUAUAGAGCAAAGUCCUUCUGCCAAUUAUUUCCAUAAUUUAUUGAAGAAAAGGUAUUUUACAAGUUCAUUUUUAUGAUCAACAGUCUCAAUAAUAAUGUAAAAUAGGUCUUAAAAUAGAUUUGCUAAAACAGGUUGGGUAAUCUAACUGCUGUUCUUUACAUCUAGUGGCACUAUAUUUAAUUCUCUGUGAAAUUCAUCUAGAGGCUGCUCCCACCUUUUUUCAAAAUUAAUAUUCAACAAAAAGUCUGCUUUAUUUCCAGUUUCAAUAGCCCAUGGCAAAUAAUAAUUCAAAUACAAUUUUCUGUGUUUUGGUUUCAACCUAAUUGGUCCAAAAAUUGCUCCGCCUAUGCACAUUGGCAAUCUGUUUUGAAUUGCCUCCACCCAUUUAACUGUGACUUCACCAAGCAUAUUAGUGGGCAUUUGCAAAACAGUAUGAUUGAGAUCAUGAGUUUCUCUAUACCUCUGCAUAACAUAUGCCAGCUCUAUAUCAUCAAUGUAUUGUACAGGCAUCCUUGAAUCAGGAGUGACUUUAUUUUUACUAAGAAAGUUAUAAUAAGUUUUACCAAGUGUAUUGUUAGGUAGGGUUGAUAAAUAGUCCAAGUUUACUGUACUAGAGUUGAUUCUGGGCCUUUCUUCUAGUAUGCUUGUGCCCUCUUUGGAUUGUUGCAUCUUUUUCAGCAUAAAUUUAGCAGCACUUUCUCCAGUGGUUUCUCCUAGACAUGCUAUCAUAUCUCCACGGUGUGGAUUCAUUAUAGAAACCAUUGCAGAUCCAACAGUGAGAAGGGAUUUUUGAAAUAUGUUGGUUGGAAUAUGAUUUUUUUGAAAGUCAUCUUCAAAUGUGCUCCCAGUCACACUAUAAUAUCUAAUUGAUUUUGUUGGUACAUAACAUAGUUUCAAUAUCUUAUUUCUUCCCAUACUCAUAAUCUCUGAAAGCAAACAAACAAAAAACAAAGGCACUAUAUGCUCCUAAUAGUUUGGUUUCAUCUGAGGCUUGAUAUUUCAGUGGUAGGAAAACUCGGAUCAGGCUGACCUAGACACUCUCAUAUCAGUCUGACUCUCCAUAGACAAUCUCUACUAGAGCUUCUAUUACCAGUAGUACCGAUGGGUGGGUGUUUGGUUUGUGGUAGUACUCCAAGUACUACGUACUAUCAAAACCUAACCUAAAUUUUAUCAUAACAAUAACACACGUGAAGU